AUGGCCGACAAGCUUGAGGAAGGACAGCACGUAUCGUGGCGCUGGGGCAACGGGAAUGUCGAGGGCGAUAUCGCGGAGAUCGUCGAGGAGGGAAAGGCACAGGUGACCAGCAACAAGAGGAACACGAUCACUCGCACUGCGCGAGAGGGAGACCCCGCUGUGAAGAUAACACGGAAGGGGAACGAUGUGGUGAAGCUUGCGCACGAGCUGAACGAGGUAAAGGAAGCCGAAUGA